AUGGGAAAUACUCAUAGCCAUCAUCACGCCAUGUCGGAAAAUAUCAAGGAUGUGUCGAUGGUGGAUGUCAGCGAUGCAGCUGAUGAAAGCAAAACGGGCUCACAAAAAGCCAUUGUACAAAGUUUUUCCAAGCUAGAUAUAGGGGACCACGGCGCGGCACCGCCGCUCCAGCGCCGUAGGUCGACCCUGAUCUUUGACGAUGAUGACGACAUGCCCAGGCAUGAGGAGAACGUAGGAGCCAAGACGGAUCUCGAUGAAGACCACACGAGCCAAGACGAGCUGACUGGAAACUCGUCAGAAUCUUCGUCUGCGUCGGUGUUUGCGCAGCAGCGCAUGUCACCAGACGAGUCGCAGGGUGAGCAGAGCUCGCGCCAGCCUUCCCCAGGGGUCAUUCCAGUUGAGAUUACUUGGCAGCAAGGUGGGAACAAAGUGUAUGUGACGGGUUCUUUCACCGGGUGGCGGAAGAUGAUUGGGCUUGCGCCCGUCGCAGACCGGCCAGGUGUGUUUCACAUCAAAUUACAACUACCUACCGGUACACAUCGUUUUAGAUUCAUUGUAGAUAAUGAGCUGCGAUUCAGUGACUAUCUGCCCACCGCGACAGACCAGAUGGGUAAUUUCGUCAAUUACAUCGAAAUAACGGCCCCCGAGUCCCAAGACACUCUACAACAACAGGGGCAAGAUCAGGCAGCCGCCGUGCAUCCAAAGCAGAAACCCAAAGCCGCGCCCGUGAGUGCACGCUCCAAACUCGCUCUCCAAAUCGAAGGCGAGCCCGAUGACAUGGGUGAUGGUUAUUCCCGAUUCCACGGCGGUGUGGAGCUCAAGCCCCACUACGAGUACACACAAGACAUCCCAGCUGUGUUCACAGACCCGUCCGUCAUGGAGCAGUACUAUUUAACACUUGACCAACAACAAAACAACCAGCAAAAUCUGUCCUGGCUUACUCCUCCACAACUCCCCCCACAUCUCGAAAAUGUAAUCCUAAACAAUUAUUCACCCAAUGCACAGGCCGGCGACUCAGGCAGUGAAAAUAAUUCGGGUGCUCUGCCUAUCCCCAAUCAUGUGGUAUUGAAUCAUCUCGCCACUAGCAGUAUAAAACAUAACACGCUUUGCGUCGCAAGCAUCGUUCGGUACAAGAGAAAAUACGUGACUCAGAUGUUGUACGCACCCUUGCAAUGA